AUGCAAGUCUAUUACAUUUGUUUGGUUUUAUGGGCCGUAUUCGAAAGCGUUAUUUCAACAGCGUGUAUAUUUGGAUGGGCUCAACUGUUGGAAAUACUUCAUAGCGAACGUUAUUUCGCGUCUUAUUGUGAAACUAAUGAGGCUGAUUCUAACAAAACUAUUUCACAAUUAAAAAAUAGAACUUCUUCCAUCAGUGACGAUGUCAGCGACACUUGUGCAAGACAAGACAGUCUUCUUAUAUUGGCCUAUACAUUAUCUGCUUUCACAAGUUUUGUUUCAAUAUUUCUCGGUGGAAAAUUUUUGGAUGUUUUUGGCUUUAGAAAAGCAAGAGUAUUAUCAUGCUUCAUCUAUUUACUUGCUGGUGGAACGAUGUUUAUGUCAACGUAUGAUUUACAUGAAUUGCUCUUUCCUGGUUUACUUCUAACUGUAAUUGGUGGAGGAUUUUUUAUGGCAGUUUUAGUCAAGGUUUGUGGUGUUCUUCCUCAACGACGUUAUAUGGCCGUCAGUAUUAUAAAUGGAGCAAUUGAUUCAUCAGCAGUUGUCCUUCUUGUAUUUAAGUUGUGUUUCAAUGCUGGGGUUUCGUUCAGAAGCAUAAUCAUCGUUUACUAUGUCUUUGUCGUUGGUCAAGGCAUGUUGUUCACGUUUACGAUAUUUCCUAAAGAUCUGCCAGUGCCGGAUGACAUUGAAGAAGAUGUUAGGGAAAGCAACAGCUCUACAAAUGAAAAUACAGAACAAUUUACAUGUGAAAAUGCCUUUAUAUCUCGUGAAGUACAGGAAAACGACAAAGAGCAGAUUCAAGACAAAACAAGCCUCUCCUCGAUAAUCAAAAGUACCAAGUUUGUAAUGCACACAUGUUUUGUUUCCAUCGCCAGUUUACGCUCCUUUUCUGUUAUUGGAAUGAUCAACUCCUUGUUGAGACGUCUGGCAGAUGAUUUUGAAGAAGUCGAUUACUAUCUCACCAUUCUUGGAAUUAUUCAAUUUUGUGGAAUUAUUCUCUCUUUUGUUCCUGGAUUUCUUCUUGAUUGGGCUCCAGCUGGAAGGCAUCAAAACUUUUCAAUUAUUUUGUCUUUCAUACUCACGGGAUUGAUUUCAAUUCUUUUGACUGUUGGUCUUUUGAUACCAUUUCUUGAAUUUCAGGUUUUCAAUUUUUUUCUUUAUACUCUUCUGAGAUGCUUUUUAUAUUCUACACACGGGUCAUUUAUAAUGAAAGAGUUUCCUUUAUAUCAUGCUGGUGCCUUGUUUGGUUUAAGUCUCUUAGUUUCAGCUGUGGUUUCUUUGUCCCAAAUACCAAUGUUUGCUUUGAUGGAGGGACCGUAUGGCGGUGAUCCAACUUGCGUAAAUGUUGGUCUGUUGGUCUUUCAAAUCUUGGUGAUGAUUCACCCACUGUAUUUAUGGAGACACACUGGAGAUGAGGAAAAUAAAUACAAUUAUUGCACUAAUUUGUCACUAACAAACAAAGAAAAUGUGCGUUUGAAUUCUGAUAAUCAUUGUGAUUCCGAAAAUAAACUUUGACACCUUAACAGAAUCUAGGUGA